AUGCCGGAGCCAACUGGAAGUGGGUCUGAACCAGGCUCGUCGACUUCACAGGUCACGAGCCAACUGGCCUACCUGGUGCCCCAAUUUGAUCCUGCCAAAGAUGAUCUGCUGAUUUACCAGCAGAAGGUGGAGUUGGUGACAGCAGCUUGGCCCAAGGACAAAUACGUGGAAUUGGUAACCAGGCUGAUCCUCAACUGCCAGGGUUCAGCGUUUCAGAAACUGCAGUUACACCAAGCAGAGCUUUUAGCCAAUGAUGAGUCCCCUGUCAAGAAAUUGAUAGCCCUCCUAGGCGGAAGCUGGGGACGGAUACCCUUGGAGAAACAGUUUGACGAAGCUGAACAAGCCCUUUACCACUGUCAACAGAAGAAUGAUGAGUCCAAUGAUUCGUACCUGGCCAGGUCAGAGAUUCUUUGGAGUCGUUUGCUUGCCAGGAAAAUCUCACUGGAAGAGCUUCAAGCAUUCAUAGUGCUUCGAGGCAGCUCACUGGCACCGGAGGACAAGAAGCGUGUGAUUCUGGAGUCCGAUCGAGACGGUGCUGGAAAGCUCACCAAUCAGAAGGUUUCUGAGGCCAUCAGAAUGCUUGGGGCCACAUUCUUCAUGGACAUGACAGGUCAGCGUAGGGGCAGAACAAAGGUUUACGACCAAACUGUUUUGACUGCUGAAGAUGUAAGUGAUUCUGCAGAAGGCUUGAUGGCCGCCGAUGACAUGACAGAGGAAGAUUUUGUGGACACCCUGAUCACUGAAGGUGAGGACGAAGAUGCCGCCAUGAUUGCAGACUUUGAGGCAGCAGCCUCUGAUGUCAUUCAGGAGGACCUGGAGAUGGCACAGGCGUACACCGCCUACAUGGAGGCCCGGAGAAGGUUGUCAGAAAAGUAUCGCAAUCGUGGGUUUUGGCCUACCAGCAAAGGGUCCACCUCUUUCACCAAGGGCAAGUUUUCAGGUGGUGGUGGCAAGUCUUUUGGAAAGGGAUCCAAGUUUGGCAAGGGUCGCAAAACUUUGCAAGAUCGGAUUCUUCAAAGCAAUUGCCGAGCGUGUGGACGCCGGGGUCACUGGAAAGCUGAAUGCCCCUACAAAGGGGGAACAACAUCUCAGUCUGGUAUGAGUGGCAACGGUGGAAGUACAGCUCCCACAACAACACUGGUGACGGACCCUUCAAGCUUAGGUGCUGACGACGCCUUGCCUCUGGAGUUUCUAGGAGGCACACCUUUCUUAGUGAGCAACACUCUGAUGAGAGCCUUGCAUGCCAGCAUCGAUUGUCACCGCCAGGCCAAGCCUCCGAACGUUUGUCUGUACAGCUCGCGGCUCAGAGUGAUUCGUGCGUUUUGCCCGGACCAGCCCGAUCGACCGUUCCUGAUGGCCAGCCUGUCACAACGCCUGUCACAGAUGCAGACCCAUGUGGCCAUCCAGGUGGAGGACCUCAGCCACCUGACACUGGAAGAACUGCACUCAGAAGCGAUCAGUUUUGGUCAGAAGCAUCGCGGCCAGAGCUUCCAGGAAACAUGGAAGGACCAAGAGUGGGUAUCCUGGAUGGUGAGCCACUAUGGUCACAGCACCAAGACAUCUCACCGUCGCUUCCUGCGAUAUGUCGAGUUGAAGCUGGAUCACCACGAAGCCCAGCAGCUGCCGAUCCCAGUUGUCCCACAAGACAGCCUGCCCAUGACUUCAUCCGGUGCCAAAGGAUUGGCCAAGUCGGCUGGCCCAAGCCCAGGGAUGAUUGCGGCAAAGGCCAAGAUCCGACCACAGCACCCAGGUUUAGUCCAUUUGCCGGAUAUGGAGGACGCCGGCUGGGCGUUGGAACCCGGGACAUACACCCAGGGGACUAUGAACCAGGAUCCCAACAUGGAGGCCAUGCAGCAACGUAUGCUGAACCUGGAAAAUGCGCUGACCAGAGGUGAACACAGUGCCAGCUCAGUUGAGCCGCCAGAGCCCUGUCGAAGAGGAGUCCGAUGUGGAGAGCCUUCAUCUGGGAUGAUCGAGGUGUUCUGCAGUCAACACUCACCACUGACGCACCAGAUGCAACAACUAGGACGAAGUGCCUAUCGCUUUGGCAGAUCGGAGGGAGACCUUGAGACAGUGAGCGGCCGUGCCAAGCUGUUUAGCGCAGUGGCCCGUCACCGACCCAAGCAUAUUUGGGUGAGCCCAGACUGUGGUCCCUGGUCAUCCUGGUCAAGCCUGAAUGCGUCUAGGUCUGAACUGAUCACACCAGAACCUCGAGAUGAAAACCUCUCCAAACGCAGAAGACUAGAUGGCAAACAACGGGUAGUUCCAGAUGUUGACAUCCUGCAGGGUAUCCUCAACUCCGUGGAACAAAUCCUUCCCCGCGUUGGCAAGUAUGAGGACCUGGAAGUGAGAAAUUCAGGGUCAGCGUCCAGUGCCGACAGAUCUGCAGCAGUUCCAGUAAGGUUGUCACCACAGUUGGAGCCCAAUGCCGACAGCAGUUCCCGGAAUUCAACUGAUGCCACUGAUGCCUCGAUGGAGCGAAGACAUCCAUCCGAGCUUGAAUCCCAGCCUGAAGUGCCCAAACAUGCCCAUGAGAUUCAGGCCAAACAACAAGACAGUCGUUUCAAGUCGUUACCCAAAUGGGAGCAGCAAGAGAUCAUGAACAUGCAUAAGAACCUGGGUCACCCUUCAAAUGACCGAUUGUCAAAAGCACUUCAAGUCGCAGGGUAUCGUGUAGAAGUAGUUCAGGUGGACUCUGCAACUGAGAUGAACUCUCAUGGCCUGACAUCGUUCAUGCAGCGAUAUGGCAUUAAGCAAUUGACCAUUCCACCUGAAGCUCACUGGCAACAGGGAAAGAUAGAACGCCAUGGAGGGUUCCUCCAAAGCAUGCUGACAAAAUUGGAUCUUGAACAUGCCAUCGAUGACUAUACCCAGCUUCAGACAGCACUGAACCAAUGCACUCAUGCGAAGAACUCCUUAAGCAUCCGUCAUGGUUAUGCCCCUGAAGUUAUAGUCUUUGGAAAACACUCAAGAUUAGCCGGGUCGAUACUAAGCGAUGAAUCCAGACCUUCCCAUGAGCUAGCCUUGCGUGAAGAUCAAGACAUUAGAGUUCAGGAGUUUAAGAGUUUGCUGCAAAUUCGAGAGAGUGCACGCCGUGCCUUCCACAGCGUUGACAAUAGCAAUGCCCUCCGCCGUGCCGUUCCAACACAACCAGAGAGCGAGACCUCCGAUGUUUCCCGGACCAACUCAGAAUCCAUACCACAACCAGAUCAUGAGCCCGAAAGUUCCCGACAGGUGACACCCCUGCCGCAAAGCACGAGCCCUGAAGAACAGCUUCAGGAAAAUGAUCAACUGAUCUGCGAAGACAUAGACUGGAUUUUUCAAACAACUGCAGACAAUGUCGAUGCAGCUUGGCGAUGCGAGUUUGAUGUCAGCCUUAACUCCCCAGAAGCUUUGCCCCAAAAUCAAGAAGAAGCUUGGACGUUAUUGGCAACCAGUGCCAAAAAGCAAAGGACUGAGGUCAGACUCUCAGAGCUUUCUGCCGCCGAGAAAGCUGAAUUCGACAGAGCCAAGGAAGCGGAAGUGCAGAACUGGAUUCAAACGGGCACGUUAAGCAAAGUCCUCCGAAAUCAAAUCCCUGAUGACCAGAUUUUAAGAUGUAGGUGGAUACUGACGUGGAAACCCAUAGAUCCAGUAGGUGAGUCACAAGAGAAUCCCAACGGUUCCAAAAGGUCAUCAGAUCAGUCCCAGCGUACUCACAAAGCCAAAGCACGCCUGGUUGUACUUGGUUACUUGGACCCUAAGAUUGAGGAGAUCCCUCGUGACAGUCCUACCCUUCACAGAACUUCCCGAAUGAUGCUGCUACAAACGAUAGCCAGUAAUGGCUGGUCGCUGGAAAGCUUUGACAUCCGUGCCGCUUUUCUCCAAGGGACCCCUCAAUCCGAUAGGAUAAUUGGGAUAGAACCUGUAAGUGAGAUUAGACAAGCCAUGAACAUGUCACCUUGGGAAGUAGGUAAACUCAACAAGGGAGCCUAUGGUUUAAUCGAUGCACCUUACCUAUGGUACUGUGCUCUGGUGAACGAACUGCAAAAGUUGGGAUUCGUGGCCACGCCUUUUGAUCCUUGCCUGUUUGUACUCAGCAUGCCCGCUGGAGAAUCCAAUGCGGGGGCACUUGCAGGAGUUUUAGGAGUUCAUGUGGAUGAUGGGAUGGGGGGUGGUAACCAGUACUAUCAAGAGAAAAUCAAACUACUGGAGAAGAAAUUUCCGUUUGGCUCUCACAAGACUCAAGCUUUCACGUUCACAGGCAUAGAGGUGAAUCAACGAGGAGACAAUAGUAUCCACUUGAGUCAAUCAUCCUAUGUCCGAAAGAUCAAACCCAUUGCAAUUGACAUCAACCGUAAAUCUCAAACCAAUAGUCCCAUUACCGAAGACGAAAAACUUGCACUCAGAGGACUGAUCGGUAGUCUACAAUACGCAUCCACCAACACCCGUCCAGACCUAGCCAGUAAACUUUCAUUUCUACAAUCAGCCAUAAACAAUGCAACGGUUGACACGUUACUUGAGGGGAACCGAUUGCUUCAUGAAGCCAAACAUCACCACGAUGUUGCCAUUAUCAUCUAG